GCGUGGGUGUGUCUGUGAUUGUGGCCAGGCAGGGCACCCUGCAAGGGAGAGGAGGACUUGCAAGUGGAAUGCGACCCCCCAGCCUCUUUCCUCUAGGGGCUGUAAUCUGAUCCCUGGGGACUCCCCCCAGCCUCCCUCCCUAUAGCUCUCGCUGCAGCUCCUUCUCUUCCAGAUCCCGGGGCAGAGUCCAGGGUGGCUCAAGGCUCCUCCACACACGCCCGCUGAACCCUGAGCUCCCUGAGCUGCAGGGAUGGGGCGGGCUGAGGCCGCCGCCAUGAUCCCAGGCCUGGCUCUGCUCUGGGUGGCAGUGCUGGGGGGUGCUGCCCCCAGCACGCCACGCCUUCGCCUCUCCUUCCAAGAGCUCCAGGCCCAGCACGGUCUCCGGACCUUCAGGCUGGAGAGGACCUGCUGCUACGAAGCUUUGCUGCUGGAUGAGGAGCGUGGGCGCCUGUUUGUGGGCGCUGAGAACCAUGUGGCCUCCCUCAGCCUGGACAACAUUAGCAAGCGGGCCAAGAAGCUGGCCUGGCCGGCCCCUGUGGAAUGGCGAGAGGAGUGCAACUGGGCAGGGAAGGACAUUGGCACUGAGUGCAUGAACUUCGUGAAGUUGCUGCAUGCCUACAACCGCACCCACUUGCUGGCCUGUGGCACAGGGGCCUUCCACCCAACCUGUGCAUUUGUGGAGGUGGGCCAGCGGCUGGAGGAGCCCAUGCUCCGGCUGGACCUUCGAAGGCUAGAGGAUGGCAAGGGCAAGAGUCCUUAUGACCCCAGGCAUCGGGCUGCCUCCGUGCUGGUGGGGGAAGAGUUGUACUCGGGAGUAGCCGCAGACCUCAUGGGCCGGGACUUUACCAUCUUCCGCAGCUUGGGUCGGCGUCCAAGUCUCCGAACGGAACCGCACGAUUCCCGCUGGCUCAACGAGCCCAAGUUCGUCAAGGUCUUUUGGAUCCCGGAGAGUGAGAACCCGGACGACGACAAGAUCUACUUCUUCUUCCGUGAGUCGGCAGUGGAGGCCACGCCGGCCCUGGGACGCCUGUCUGUGUCCCGCGUUGGCCAGAUCUGCAGGAACGACGUGGGUGGCCAGCGCAGCCUGGUCAACAAGUGGACUACGUUCCUGAAGGCGCGGCUGGUGUGCUCAGUGCCCGGUGCUGAGGGCGAUACGAACUUUGACCAGCUCCAGGACGUGUUCCUGCUGUCCUCGCGGGAUCGCUGGACCCCGCUGCUCUAUGCUGUCUUCUCCACGACCAGCAGCAUCUUCCAGGGCUCCGCAUUGUGCGUGUACAGCAUGAAUGAUGUGCGCCGGGCCUUCCUGGGACCCUUUGCACACAAGGAGGGGCCCGUGCACCAGUGGGUGUCCUACCAGGGCCGUGUCCCCUACCCCCGACCUGGCAUGUGCCCCAGCAAGACCUUUGGCACCUUCAGUUCCACCAAGGACUUUCCUGAUGAUGUCAUCCAGUUUGCCCGGAACCACCCCCUCAUGUACAAUUCGGUCCUGCCUAUGGGGGGGCGCCCCCUCUUCCAACAAGUGGGUGCCGGGUACACCUUCACCCAGAUCACUGCGGACCGUGUAGCAGCUGUUGACGGAUACUACGACGUCCUCUUCAUUGGCACAGAUGCUGGCACCGUCCUGAAGGUGAUCUCCGUCCCCAAGGGUGGCCGGCCUAAUGCUGAGGGGCUGCUCCUGGAGGAGCUGCACAUGUUUGAGGACUCAGCUGCUGUCACCAGCAUGCAAAUCUCCUCCAAGAGGCACCAACUGUACGUAGCCUCUCGGAGCGGGGUGGCCCAGAUCCCGUUGCACCGCUGCGCUGCCCACGGCCGUGCCUGUGCCGAAUGCUGUCUGGCACGUGACCCUUACUGCGCCUGGGAUGGGGCCGCGUGCACGCGCUUCCAGCCCAGUGCCAAGAGGAGGUUCCGACGGCAGGAUGUAAGGAACGGUGACCCCAGCACACUGUGCACCGGGGACUCAUCCCAUCCUGCGCUGCUGGAGCGGAAGGUGUUCGGCGUGGAGGGAGGUAGCGCCUUCCUGGAGUGUGAGCCCCGCUCGCUGCAGGCGCGCGUGGAGUGGACCUUCCAGCGCGCGGGGGAGGCGGCCUACACUCAGGUGCCCUCAGAGGAGCGAGCCGAACGCACGAUGCGGGGCCUGCUGCUUCGCUGGUUGCGGCGUGGGGACUCAGGCCUGUACCUGUGCGCAGCCGUGGAGCAGGGCUUUUCGCAGCCAAUGCGUCGCCUGGCGCUGCACGUGCUGAGUGCUGCGCAGGCUGAAAGGCUGGCCCGGACCGAGGAGGCUGCUCCCGUUGCGCCGCCGGGCCCCAAGCUCUGGUACCGGGACUUCCUGCAGCUGGUGGAGCCGGGCGGCGGUGGUACGAACUCCCUGCGAAUGUGUCGUCCGCAGCCCGCGCCGCGCCCACCGCCUCCCGAGUCGCGGAGGAAGGGCCGCAACCGGAGGACACACGCCCCAGAACUGCGUGCUGAGCGGGGGCCGCGCAGCGCAGCGCACUGGUGACUCGGCCGUCCCCACACUGGGGACUGGGGAGGUGGCAGCAGCAGGGAGAGGGGGCGGUCAGACCCUGGGAAGCAGCUAGGGCCCCGGCACACAGCGGUUCCUGGUGGAGGGAAGACAACGACCCGACAGGCCCUGGCCAACAGGCAGCCAUGCCGGCUUAUUUAUUAACAGAGAAUAAUCCUUGAAUGCAACCCCGAUAGGGGCGGCCCAGGCUGCGCACAGGGUCCAGCUGGUCAGGAGGAGGCAGAGAAGCAGGGUCCCCGAGUAACGACCUGGGUGGGGGAGGUGCCCAGAAUGCCCACCCUGGGGGAAGGGCCACCUCUUUGGGCAGUGAGCAGAAAGCUGUGAACAGGCUGGGGGUGGGGGUGGGGGUGGGGCAGGCCGACUGUACUAAUGCAAUAAACAUGUUAUCAGCUGAAGCUGGAACGGCCCCAUCAGACAGCC